GCAAACCACAUUUCCGCCCGGCCAUGCUAAUCCUGUGUGUUUACGUUGCUACUCAAUAGAUCCGACCCGGCUUGGAGAGUGCACGAACUUUCCGGCUCAGUUUUCACGCGUGUGCCGCACUACAAACCGGUUUUGGUAGUAGUACGAGACUAGCUGCCUCUAGUAGAACUGUGUGCCAACGUGCGCUAUGCGGUAGUGCCGGUUUAGUUUCGUGAGAAUGCCUCGUGAACACGUUUCCUAGUCGGUAGACAGCUGGGUUGAGGCUUCUUCUGUGAAGAGUUUGUGUAAAGAGAGUGGUGUCUACUCCGUCAAUACAAGCCGGUGUGGUCCGACAGGGCAGGACAAACACAGGGGGAGCGCGAAACAAAAAAGUCCGCCGGCAAAUCGUCAGGCCCGCUGGUUGGCCUACAUGCGAAAGAAUACAGCGUGUUUGAACGAACAACAUCGCGGGGCACGGUCGUCUGACACCCCGGGUGAUCGCGCACGCAAGCACGUAACCGGCGAGGUCAACCUCUCCCCCGGCUGGAGAUUUUCUGAGAAAACCGCAGAAGCAACAUGGCCGUGGUUUUGUGGAGACUACGAUGUUGGGUUUUGGUUUGGGUGAUUUAUACUGGCUGGAUGCUGGGGUUGGACGCCCGCCAUGGCGGCUUGAGGGCUGCAGACGACAGUUUGCGUCAGGGUGGCGGUGAUGGCGGGAGGCUCCUCGCACGUGUCCUGACGGGGAGGGCGGCUGACCUGGCCCGGGGGACGGCGGAGAGGGUCAGGCACGCCGGGCGAGCCCACCACCGCCCGCCGGGAGGGAGAGCUCGACCCGCUCGGGAGGGAGGAAGCUACAGGCCCGCCGGACCGUCCGACAACUUCCCGUCGGGAGACGGCGAACUCCGCACCGGCAAGGAAGACUUCAUGACCCGGCCAACCGUUCUCCCAGGACAAGGGGCAAAACCCUCCGACGCUGACAAGCUUAACACCAACAAUGUUCUCAAGAAUGACCAAGCGGAAAAAGUCACAAAUUCUGGGCACAAAAUACAACAUCCACAAACGUAUAUCACCGGAACUGUCCAUAAGGAGCCUGUGGAUAGGUCAGCAUCCGGAAGUACGUCAUCAUCCGGAAGUACGUCAUCGACACGUCAUGUUGCCAACGGCAGACGUCCUCACGUUAUAACAAUGAUACAUAACAUCAACGUCGGCAGGAAUCCGAGCGGAAGUACGUCAUCAGCAGGGAAUGACGGUACUGAAGAGAAGGCACAGAAUGUUCAGACAACUACCCAUAAUUCCAAGCCCCCGUCAGACGACUAUUCGGGCUCGAAUCUCAUGAGGGCGAUAAAAGAUCGUUUCAAAAUGGAGGAUCUCGUCAACAAAAACAUGAUGACGAUGAUGAAAUUUGUGCUGAGAACUGUCUCCGAGCAUACUGACGAAAUGUCCAGCCUCAGACUCCUCAUUUCUGACUUGAAAGCCGAAUUGGAAAGUGUCAAAGAAUCCAAGUACCACCCGCCGCCAUAUUUAGAAUCUCUACCAAUCAGAAACAAUGACACAGAUGACGAUGCUUUCAACAGAAUAUAUGGUGAAACUCUCAACGGCAGAGUAGCUGUUCUAGAGCAUCAGCUUGCACAAGAGACACUUGAAAAACAAAGACUGCAAGAGGAGGUUGAAAUGUUGAGGACGAAUCAGCUAGAUUUUAAUGAAAGAUUAUUAGAAAGUAAGGAAACAGUCAAAAAUAUCUCUGGGCAGUUCAAAGUCAUUGCUAAAAGCGUGAAUACAUUAGUACAGCAAGGAAAUGAAACCAUUGGAAUUCUGGGUACUUUAAACAAUGGCGGGAUGAACACGGAAGUGACGUCAGUCUUGGAACGGAUGCAGAAGAACAUCACCAUAUUAGGAGACGAGCUAGUCAACGUGGUCGAACAAAUUCUCGUGGGAAGAGACGAGAUCCAAGAAGUGGACGAGAAGUUGGAAAGUAUCGACGAGUUUUUCCAGAACUUCACCAGUGACAUCAAUACCUUCACGGACGAAGUCUACGACCUGUCAGAAAGAACGUUUCGAACCGAAGAAGAGAUCGGAAACGCUACGUUUGACAUAUAUUUCCUGAAAGAAGACGUAGCCGGGUUAAAAUCCAAAACAAUCGCUAACAACGAUUUUCUGUGGAGACACGAAGACAGACUAACAUCUCUGUCAUCAUCUAUAUCAGACCUCAAAGAUGAAGUCGAGAAAAAAGAAGAGGAAACGAGAGAUUAUUUCGACAAAAAGAUAACAGCGCUAGACGACGUUAUAGAUGAAAACACUAAGACUAUUUUACAGAUCGGUAGGGUACAGGAAAGCGUGGCCAAUGAGCUUGUCUCUGUUGCCGAGACGGCAAAGAACAGCGACCAACUGUUACGGGACCACGACGCCAUCUUGAAUCGGGUGGCGUCAGAACAGAACGUGCAGCGGAAGGCGAUGGAGGCGCAAGGGGGCGCUCUUAAUGACGUCAUCAACAUCGUCAGGGACAUGAACUUAGGUCUUCCUACUGCUGUUGCUACAGACUGCGCAGAUGUCUAUCAGUUUGGACAGCGUCAAAACGGCGUGUACAGCAUCCAGCCGGAGGGGUCAGAUGAGGUCAGCCAGGUGUACUGUGACAUGGAGACAGAAGAUGGCGGCUGGACCGUCAUCCAACGGAGGGGCAACGGAACGGUGGACUUCUACAGGACGUGGGAAGAGUACAAAAACGGGUUCGGAUCACCUCACACCGAGUACUGGCUAGGGAACGAGUUUAUACAUCUACUGACGGAACAGGGAGAGUACGAGUUGCGCAUAGACAUGGAGGACUGGGUAGGCAUGGCUGUGUACGCUCGCUACAGUACCGUGUACGUGGCAGACGAAGGCAAUUCCUACCGAAUCCGCCUGGGGGAGUACAGCGGCGACGCCGGGGACGGACUCAGACUUGGAGACAGACGGCGCUUCAGCACCAAGGACAAGGACCACGACCGGUGGGAGGAGGGCGAAUGUGCCAAGUACAGCAAAGGCGGUUGGUGGUUCGCAUGGUGUACCAGUGCGAAUCUGAAUGGGGUUUACCGGCACACCGGUCCGUACGACGGUGACCUGAACGGUGUAUAUUGGUACCCGUGGAAGGGCACACGGUAUUCCCUCCGUAAGGUGUCCAUGAAGAUCCGGCCCGUAGAUUUCAACAAGAAGAAACCCUCUGAGCGCGAGUUAGGAGACUACUGGCCAGAAGAAGACCAAGCUGCGGCUACAAAUGGGGGUUCAACGAGAACCGCACGUUGGAAAAAAGGGGAGGAUCCAAAUGGGGGUUUCCAGGAAGACGUUCCCAUUGUCUCGUCGGAGGAUUACCCAGAGGACGACAUGUUUGGGGAUCAGUUCAGAGGUCCUGAUUUCCCUCUCAAAACGAAGUCCGAUCGUUACGAAAUCCAGGUAGGUCCUAGCCAGGAUUUGGCGGGAAAGAAAGGAGAACGGGUCUGGGAAAAGGAAGACUCGUUUGAAGACGCUGAUUCGUUUCGUGGGCCGGAUUUUCCGGUGAACGGCUUCGGUUGGGACCGUGCAGGCGGCUAUGAUGUUGGACCAAACCGUGAUCUAUUAUUGACACAUAAAGGCGGCUAUAGAGACGACUGGGAGGACGAUUAAAUACUAAUCAUCUAUAUCACUUCAAAGGACGACUGUACAACAAAUGGUGCUCAGCCAAUUUUUUAAAGAACAUUUGUAAUUUUUGUUGUUGCAUUUUUCCUUAUGCUAAACGUUCUCCAUAAAUCGACACACCUUCCUUAUGACUUUUGUUGUCAAGUGCAUAAAUAACCAGUAGAUAGACAAUUCUAUGCCCUAUAUUAGGGUUGAUACUUGAUAGAAAAUCUAUGAUAGUCGAUAAUUUA